CCAGUCUCACACGAUGCGCCUACUGUUGCUGCUCUCCUUUCUCUCUGUCGCUGUGGCAGACGUGUCCGACGAUGACAAUAUACCCAUCAAGUGCUACGUCUGCGAUUCCACAAAGGAUUCUCGCUGUGCAGAUCCAUUCGACCGUCCGGCGGACCUGCUGCUGACCUGUCCGGGAGAGUACACCUGCAUCAAGAAAAAAUUCACAGAUCCAGAUAGCAUAGAGCGAUGUUGCUCAUGUAACGUCACCGACACCAGACUGGGAUGCUGUGCCAAGCGUGAUCGGUCACCGUACAGAAACAGCUAUUGCUUUGCAGAUGGCUGCAAUGGCUCCAACAUAGAUUUGUAAAGAGAAAAUGAUGCUGAUGACAUCUAAAGUACGUCAGGACGUCACUUCUGUUAUCUAUUACGUCUUCUGUCGACACACGUAUGCUUACUAAACUGAAGUAUAUUGCAGCAUGCCACACAUAUGUUUAAAACAUUUAAUAUAUACUAAAUAAACUGCAGAAUAAAAUUUACCUGGAUUUAAUUUCAUAUAUAUUUACAGCCUUUAUCUAAUCAUCAUCCGUGUCCUCUGCAGAUUCAGUAUCAAUUGUGGGACAUUUAUGAGUCAUAAUUAUAGGAGAGCAAAAGAGACCUGUUCAGGAAGGACACUCAUUCUGUAAAUUUUUACAAAUAACUGGUAGAGUCAGAAUAUGACAAGUCUAUUUUCAAUACUGUGAAUGCCAAUAACAGAACGGGCAUUUGAAGCUGUUUGUUAUGUAUUACAUUCUGCAACAGUUUCAAAACUCUUAAUGUCAGGCAGUAACUAUGUACUAAAGAAUAAAUGAAAUGUCUCUCUGGAUCA